UUGCUGGUUUCACGGAGCGGCUGCCAAUGAGCUCCGCCGAGUAGCAGAAGGGGCAGGGCUAGCCCUUAAAGGAACCACGACCUCUUAGCAGACCGGAGGGUGACCCGGAUGAUGGCGGCCGGAGCGGCCCUAGCCUUGGCACUGUGGCUACUACUGCCGCCGGUGGGGGUGGGAGGGGCAGGGCCACCGCCGAUCCAGGACGGCGAGUUCACGUUCCUGCUGCCUGCGGGGAGGAAACAGUGUUUCUACCAGUCAGCGCCUGCCAACGCAAGCCUCGAGACUGAGUACCAGGUGAUCGGAGGUGCUGGACUGGACGUGGAUUUCACGCUGGAGAGCCCUCAGGGCGUGCUGCUGGUCAGCGAGUCCCGCAAGGCAGAUGGGGUGCACACAGUGGAGCCCACGGAGGCCGGGGACUACAAGCUGUGCUUUGACAACUCCUUCAGCACAAUCUCAGAGAAGCUGGUGUUCUUUGAACUCAUUUUUGACAGCCUGCAGGACGACGAGGAGGUUGAAGGCUGGGCAGAGGCUGUGGAGCCCGAGGAGAUGCUGGAUGUCAAGAUGGGAGACAUCAAGGAAUCCAUCGAGACCAUGAAGACCCGGUUGGAGCGUAGCAUCCAGAUGCUGACGCUACUGCGGGCCUUUGAGGCACGUGACCGCAACCUGCAGGAAGGCAACCUGGAGCGGGUCAACUUCUGGUCUGCUGUGAACGUGGCCGUGCUGCUGCUGGUGGCCGUGCUACAGGUCUGCACGCUCAAGCGCUUGUUCCAGGACAAGCGCCCUGUGCCUACGUAGCCCCGGAAGGAAGAACGGGGAAAAGGGCAGCAGGGUACACGUGUGUGAGACGUGGGGGUCCCUUCCCCAGGUGUGGCCCUCAAGUGUCCUCUCCCUUGGAGGGGCCAGGCAAGAAACACUUGUUGGCUUGGCUGACGGACCUGGGCCCUCCGGGAGGGGCAGCUCAGUGGCUGUACCUGCUCUCCUGGAAAGGGUGCACGGACGGGGGCACCGCAGCAUUUGAAUGCAACCCUUGGGUAUUGUGGCUCGUCUCCGCGUCCCCUGCUGUAAAUGUGUGUGCCUUAGCCUGAGUCUUCCAGCACUGCACUGGCACUAGGUGUGGGAUGGGGCCCGGGAAGCAAACUCUCCCUUCCCUUCCCUACUGGCCUUCUGAACCAGGUUGUGGUGGGAGGGGGCUUGCUGUUUGUGGGGCCCCGUGCCUUCUUUGGUCUCCCCGUCACCCCACCAGAGGCCUGUUCCUGCUGCUGCUGGGGGUGGCUCCGGGCUGGGGGCGACCCGCUGACACCAGGGGCUGGGAAGGAGACAACAGUGCUCUUGCCGGGAUAGUCACUUUAUUGAGAGAAGGAGCCCAGCCCCUCAGCCCAGUGCAGGGGGGAGGCUCACUGUGAGGUCUGG